AUGUCACCCUUCCUGCGCCGUGCCUGGGACACAUACAGCUCCGCCUGCCCGCUGCGGUUCACAGCUGGCUUUCGAGGCCGCCUUGCGUCUACUUCCUCCUCGCAGCUGAGCCAUUGCGUGUCAGCAGCUGGAAAUAACCCCGACCUCUGUGACAUCCCCGGCACUCAGCCGCGGUGGUGGCUGGCGGUCAUCACAUGUGCUCCGCCUCCCGUCUGGCUGCUCGGACCACAGGGACGCAGUCAGGACGUGGGGGCAACGAGGAGGAAAAAGAGGAAGGGUGCCAGCGAGGAGGGGGCUGGUGCCCGCCCAGCCACAGUGACGCACGGCGGGGCCAUCCCUUCCUGUGGCAUUUUGCGUGACAAAGGGCGAGUCUUGAUCUCCCUCACUCCCCAAGAAGAAGACACAUGUCCCAGUGCCGCUGUGGAAGCUUUUCUCAACAGCACCCUCACCACCCGCCUCCUCCCCACUCUCUACUCUGUGGUGCUGCUCGUGGGGCUGCCGGCCAAUGCUCUGGCCUGUUGGGUCCUGGUGACCAACUUCAGGAGAUGUUCCAACACCCUCUUCCUGCUCAAUCUGGCCAGUGCCGACCUGUUCUUUGUGCUCCUGCUGCCCUUUAAGAUCUCCUACCACCUCUUGGGCAAUGACUGGCUCUUUGGGGACUACCUGUGCCGCGCCAUGGUAGCCCUCUUCUACGGGAACAUGUACAGCUCCAUCCUCUUCCUCACCUGCAUUGGCCUGGAGCGCUACAUCUCUGUGGCACACCCAUUCCUGUGGAAGGGCUCCAGUUGGACGUGGGGCAAGGUGGGUGUCUGUGUGGGCAUCUGGCUGGUGGUGGGUCUGGGCAUGAGCCCUCUACUUUUGCGCUCCCAGACACAUCACAUCUCAAGCCUGAACAUCACAACGUGCCAUGAUUUCCUAAAAAAGAGUGAGCACGUGUUCCUCACGUACUAUUUCCUCUCCCUGGUGGGGCUGGGCUUUGUCUUGCCCUUCGUGCUUGUCACCAUCUCCUACAGCUGCAUCUUGGUGCGGCUGCUGGCCAAGGGGAGACGCUACAGGCAGGUGGUGUGUGUCCUGGCCCUGGUCCUCCUGGUAUUCGUCCUCUGCUUCACCCCCAGCAAUGUCCUGCUCUUCAUCCACUACCUGCCAGAGGCCACGGGGUGCCACAAUGCCACCUACAUCUGGUAUGCCCUGGCCCUGGCCAUUGGUGCCUUCAACAACUGCUUCGAUCCCUUUGUCUACUUCUAUGUCUCCCAGGAUUUUCGGGGCUGGGUCCGAGAUGCAGGCAGCUGCUGCCUGGGGGUGCUCAAGACCUCAUCAGGGAGGACCUCGGAGAAGGCAGCCUUGCCCCUGAGGUCCAGCGAGCAGACUCAGCCAUAG